UCUUUUUCUUUUUUCCGCCCCUUGCUUAUGGAGUACAGUCGAGCAAAUUAGAUUGUGAACCAUGACUUCACUGGGUACUUUGGAAACAGCCUCUUGCUGCAGUUAUAGUUUUAGUUGUUUAUUAUCCCCCCAUCGUUGUAAAGCUUGCAUUUUUAGGAAUCUUGUUGUUAGACCUUGAUGGGUCCCUUUACACUGCCCAUCAUUGCUGAAGCCUCUUCCAUAUCAUCAACAGAUGCUUGUAUCAAGAGGAAACAGAAACCAUUGCUGAGAAAAUCUUUUGCAUCAACUAGCAUGGGAGAGCAAAAUCCUUUUGAUUUUUGCCGCACCUUAUUUGAGGGCUUAGUUGCUGGAGGUACAGCUGGAGUUGUUGUUGAAACAGCUUUAUACCCUAUUGAUACUAUAAAGACACGCUUGCAGGCUGCCCGUGGAGGAGAAAAAUUAGUGUUUGGACGCCUUUAUUCUGGAUUGGCAGGAAAUCUUGCUGGUGUCUUACCGGCAUCUGCUCUGUUUGUUGGAGUCUAUGAACCUGUAAAGCAGACACUGUCGAGGAUAUUUCCAGAAAAUCUGAGUGCUUUUGCUCAUUUUACUGCAGGUGCCAUUGGGGGCAUUGCAGCUUCCCUGAUUCGUGUUCCAACAGAGGUUGUUAAACAACGCAUCCAAACUGGGCAAUUCACUUCGCCUGUUCUUGCUGUUCGCUAUAUUUCUUCUGUCGAGGGCAUCAAAGGACUUUAUGCGGGAUAUGGGUCUUUUCUACUGCGGGAUUUGCCCUUUGAUGCUAUUCAGUUUUGCAUUUAUGAACAGCUUCGUAUAGGUUAUAUGUUGGCGGCACGAAGAAAUCUGAAUGAUCCGGAGAAUGCCAUCGUUGGUGCUUUCGCUGGUGCACUGACUGGCGCUAUAACUACUCCCCUUGACGUCAUUAAGACGAGGUUAAUGGUUCAGGGAACUGCAAACCAAUACAAAGGAAUCAUGGAUUGUGUUCAAACUGUCAUCAAGGAAGAGGGACCUCAAGCUUUAUUUAAGGGCAUUGGGCCAAGAGUGCUAUGGAUAGGGAUAGGUGGCUCAAUCUUCUUCGGCGUUUUGGAGGGCACCAAGCGUUCUCUAGCAGAGAGGCGUCCUAAUCCUCCUCCCCCCAGCUCUAACUCAAAGCUGCAGUGACCCAAAAAUGUGUGAUCUUGUUAUAUCAAACAUGUUUCUUGACGGGCUAUUACAUCAUCACACGAAAUAAAAAUUACGCUGAAUCUGAAACGAAUCAUAUUGCAUUGGUUAAUAGCUUAUAAAUAUUAUAAUUUAGCAUCUA